UGCAAGCUGCAUCAGGCUUUAUCCUACUUGUUCCUUUGGUGAACCAGGUUCACUUAAACCUGCAAAAAGAUGACCAACCUCUUGAGAAGUAUUGUCACCAUCAUUGACGUUUUCUACAAAUACACCAACCAGGAUGGGGAAUGUGACACCCUAAGCAAGGAUGAAUUAAAGGAACUUCUGGAGAAAGAGUUUCGUCCAAUUCUGAGGAACCCAGAUGAUCCAGACACAGUGGAUGUCAUCAUGCAUAAGCUGGAUCGAGAUCAUGACCGAAGACUGGACUUUACUGAGUUUCUUCUGAUGGUAUUCAAGCUGGCUAUGGCCUGCAACAAGGUUCUCAGCAAAGAAUACUGCAAAGCUUCAGGGUCAAAGAAGCACAGACAUGGUCACCGACAUGAAGAAAGUGAAACAGAAGAGGAAGAAGAGGAUACAUCAGGACAAAAAUCAGGUUACAGAUAUUCAAGUUGGAGUGAGGGAGAGGAGCAUGGUUCUAGUUCUGAGGGCUCGAGGGGAACUGCUAAAGGUAAAUGUGGGUCUAGCUCCAGGAGUCUGGGAAACCAAGGUGGUUUACCUAGCUCAGAGAACCAAAAGGGAUCUGAAAAGAGGUGUCAUGGGUCUAGCUCUGGUCACCCCUGGAGUAGUGGCAAAGAAAGACACGGUUCCAGCUCUGGAGAGCUGGGGGAAAAAAGAAAUAAGUCACAUGUUAACCCCUCUAGGGAAUCUGGGGAGGAAUAUGAAUCUGGAUCUAGAUCAAAGAGUGGGGGAAGGAAAGGUCACGGUGAUCUGUCACAUGGAUUAGAUGCUAGUGAACACGAAUCAAACUUCACUCAGUCGAGGAGUGCAAGACACACACUUGGGUCUGGCUCUAAAGAUUUAGGAGAUGGUGGAAGGGAAAGCCAUCCAUGUGGUUCCAGCAAUUUAGGUGGGGGUGGAAGGCCACAAAGUGCUUCUAGUUCUUGUCAGGCAGGUAGAUUUGGAGGGCAAGGAGACCAAUCUAGCUAUACCCAAUCAGGUUAUCAAUCAGGAAGUAGUGGAGAAGAAGGUCAUAGAUGUAUUUCAGGAGGUCAGUCCUCUGGCUUUGGACACAAUGAGUCUAGAUCAGGGGAAUCUGGCUAUGGCCAAUAUAGGUCUGGCUCAAGUCAACCCUCUGGCUUUGGCCAACAUGGGUCAAAUUCAAAUCAGUGUUCUGGCUUUGGACAACAAGGGUCUAGUACAGGUCAAUCCUCUGACUAUGACAAAAAUAAAUAUAGGGUAAGUGGACAAGGAAGCAAUGGGCCUAGUUCAUGCAAACAGUGUCCAAUAUGUAGAAAAGCAGCAUCAAAUUCACCCCACAGUCAAAGAGGAAGCAGCCAAGAAAUAACUACUCAGAGUGAUAAUGAAAGAAGCAGGAGUCACAGUACAACAGGAAGUGACACUGACGAUCAUCACAGCAUUCAUGGACAUAGCCAACAAAGGCAAGGAUCAGGUCAAGAAAGGAGACAUUCUACAAGGCAGAAAACAACAGAUAGCCACUCAAAUGACAGUGAAGGCAAGUCAGAUAACUGGGAAAGAUAUUCAGCAUCUGCCCAUGCACAUUCUGGAAAUGAACACGGAGAUUCUAGAUCUAAUGCAAGUCGAAAUGAAAACACAACCCAUGGGCAGUCAGGAGACAGAACAAGACACUCUGGUGUAGAUCGUGGAGAUAAAGCAACAACGCAUAAACAGUCAGGAUCUAGCACAAGAAGACAACAAUCUACUCAUAGUGAGUCAAAGGAUACCACUACACAUACCAAGACUGCUUGUGGUCAUUCUGUACAAGGAGAAUAUAGCAGAAGUGAAAACCAAGGAUCUACUAAGAGUGAGUUCAGGAACAGUGAAAGCCAUUCAGGAGUCUCACAGGGACACUCAGGAUCCACUCAUGGGCAGGCUGGAUCGCAACAUGGACAGUCAGGACCCACAGGUAGUGGGAGACAGGGAACUGCUCAUGGACAGUCAGGAGACACUACCAGACGUGGCCAUUCUAGUCAUGGACAGUCCACAUGGUCAGGGUCGAGUACAGCUGGAAGACAGCGAUCUAGUCACAGUGAGUCCAGCGACAGUGAAAGCCAUUCAGAAAUCUCACAGAGACACUCAGCAUCCACUCAUGAACAUUCUACCGCUGCCCCAAAAUGUUCAGUUUCUGAUACAACGAAAGCACAUGAAUCUAGCAAUGAACAUUCAGGAGAAAUACCUAAACACUCAGUAUCAGAUCAAGGGCAGACAUUGAAUCAUGAAUAUUCACGAAAUAGAUAUUCAGGGAGAAAGGGAUCUUCCCAUAGACAGACAGGAAACCAAUCUACACAGUCACAGUCUGCUGGUGGGCAGACCACACCUACCUAUGAACAUUCAGAAUCUCGCACAAUAGAGAGAUAUGGGUCCAGUCAUACACAGUCACAUGAAACUCAUAGGCAGUCGAGGCAUAGACUAAGUAAAGAGUCAAGUAGCAGCCAUGCCCAAUCUGGAAUAAAUCAUUCUCAGUCACAGAUUAGUGGAAGACAAAGACAUGGAUUAGGUCAAGACUGGAAACAUGGCAGCUAUGGAAGUGCAGACUAUGACUAUGGGCAGUCUGGGUAUGGACCUUCUGGGGGCAGCAGAACAACCAGUCAUAAUUCUAGUCCUUUGAGGUCAAGAGAUAGAUCUGCAACCAAGCAAGUGUCUAGACAUGGACAAUCAGUUUCUAGUUUUGACCAUGUGGGAUCAAAAGCAACUGAAAGAGCAGGAAGACAAGAUUCAAGUCAUGGACAUUCAGAGACAAAUCAUGGGCAGUCAACUGAUUCUCAUAAUCAUUCUGGAUUCAGUGUAACUAGACAGCAGGGAUCUAGCCAUGGACAUUCAGUAGCAAUUCAGGAACAUUCACGAGACACCCACGUUCAAUCUGGAAGGCAGGGAUCUACUCCUAGCAGCCAGCCAAGCAACCACCCUGUAUCUGGCCAUGGAAAAUCCUUAUCAGCUCACAGCCAUUCACAUUCUGGUUCAACUAGAAGGCAAAGAUCUGAUAGCAAUAGUACAGGGCAUUCAGAAGAUUGGGGUGGAAAGAUUCAUGAACCAUCAGGAUCGAGGCAUAGACAGUCAGAGUUCAAUACAAUAGGUAUACAUCGAUCCAGCCAGCAGCACUUGAGAGAUACAGUUUCCCGUGAGCUGGUAAGAUCCAGCACAAAUUUAGCAACACAGGGAUCAAGUGAUAGACAGUCAGGAGAUAUCCAGGGUCAAUCUGGAUUCAGCACCAAUGAAAGACAAGUAUAUAGUCAUGGCCAAUCAAGUGACAGCUAUGAGCAGUCAAGUGGCAGUCACUUACUUGAUAGCCAAGACCCUAUGGGAACUGAAGAGUACACAAAUAGGUAUUUAUCAAGCAGUAUAACCAUGUGGAUCGGGGAAAGGCAAAAGCAAGAGUCUGUAUCAAGUCCAUCAGGGACCAUGAAAAGAUACAGUCAGGAUGUGAAUGAUACUCAGACAAGAGACUCUGAGACCAGAGGUUACCAUGGAAGAGAGAGAACAGACUCAGGUUCCUUUUACUCAGAUAGCAACACACCACUCUAUGAAUAUGUCCAAGAACAAAGGUGUUAUUAUUUUGAAUAAUAAUUUGAAACCAGAAAGGAAAUCUAACUCAAGAUAAGAACUAACCCAAAGGAGAAAUGAGACACACAACAUGGAAUUAAGAUAUUUAACAUGUUCCCAUCUUUUGGUAGAUAUGUCUGAUCUUUUAUUUUAACUGUAGUACUAUAUUUUAUUUCUUUUGUUUGGUGCAAGACUUUUUGGUAUGACUCCAUAAUCAUUGAGUUCUUUGGUUAGAAAAUAGUGGAUGGAAGAAGUAAACUGUGGGACUUCCCUGGCAGUCCAGCGGUUAAGACUUUGCCUUCCAGUACAGGUGGUAAGGGUUCGAUCACUGGUCGGGAAGCUAAGAUCCCACGUGCCUUGGGGACAAAAAAAAAAACAAAACAUAAAACAGAAGCAAUAUUGUAAUAAAUUCAAUAAAGACUUAAAAAAGGUCCACAUCAAAAAAUCUUAAAAAUAAAAUUAAAAAUAAAGGAAGUAAAUUGCAUUUGGGACUGUAUUUAGAACUAAGUGACAAAUUGAUUGGGUGCUCUGGAAUAAAGUAAGAAUUUAAAAAGAAAUCUGAGACUUAAAUUUUGAAUGUUCCAGGUUGUUUUAUUUGUUGACAAACUAUCCAGGAAGCUAAGAGACAUGGUUUAGGAACCAAAAUUUCCCUGAUAACAUUGUAACACAUUCCAUGUACUGAACAAAGAAUGUUGUAGUAGUUGAAGAUUCAGAAUAUUUGCAUCUUUUGUGCCACCACUAGAACUCUGUACUACUACUUUUGAAUUUAUUGUCAUGACUGCUUGAAAAUAGGAAUCCAGAAAAUUGUAUUGUGUAAAAAUUGACAAUAAACUUUCCACCAAGGUA